AUGGGUUUCACUUUUGACAUUGAGCUCAAUACCGAGCAGCCCUUCAUCAUUGACAUCAAGGCCGAUUCUCACCUCAGCCAGACCGUCGAAGGAGCGAUUGUUAUCCAGAUGGACCGCGCUGAGCACUUCAAGGUUGCCACAGUUGGCAUUCAUGGACAUGUCGGUCUCGCUUUCCCCGACUCCACAAAGACCCCCGUCGUCUACGAACGUCUGAUCGAAACCCACGCCGACCUGGUCGCUGCUAACGACGCCAACGGCAAGGGCCGUAUUGAAUUUGAGCACUCUGGCACCCAGCGCAUCCCCUUCCGUAUCGACCUCCCUCGCGCCCGCGACCUGCCCCCCACCAUGAUCAACCGCCUCGACACUCACGAGAUUGACUGGAAGUACGAGAUCCACGCAACCCUCAAGCGCGACUAUAUGUUAUCUUCCACCCGUACCGUCAAGCACGAGCUCAUCAUCCGUCGACAGAUUGUGCCCCGCACCGAGACGACUGCUAUGUUGUCGGCUUCUACGGAUAUGCCCAAGCAGUUCCGGUGCAAGUUGACGGCUCCUUCUCGUGUUAGCAUGGGUCAGGAUAAGCUGAGGGCCACUGUUGAGAUGAAAGCGCGGGAUAAGUUGUACAUGGUCAAGGAGAUUGAUUGUGCGAUUGUCCAGACUGAGGAGAUUAACUAUAUCACCAAGCAAGCCCAUCCCACCGUAGAGAAUGCUCAUUUUCCAGGAGUCCCAUUCACAGUCAACGCCUCCCGCCUAGUCUCCGCCCACAAGAAGAUCUCGAACGACGACAACGACAUGGACUUUGGACGGGACAAGCCCAUCAACAUGGACAUCCACCUCGACAACUUCCAGCUCAUCCCCACCGACCGCGGUCUCUCCUGGCUCGAUAUCUCUCAAAUCCUCCGGUUCACCGUUCAUUUCAUGGAUGUCAACUUGGAUCCUAUCGUCACCGAAUUGCCAUUGUUUGUGGACUAUGAAGAUUUCUGUGCAGUCAAGAUUGCAGAGUUGAAGGAUGCUCAGCAGGACAAGUCGCGGUUGGUCGAAACUUUGAAGGUUGCCGGAUCUGAGGAUCAUAUCCAUCAUUCCAUGAUCAACGUUGCCCCUGAUUCGCCUUAA